UCAAAAUGGCGGCCAAUAAUGGGCAGCAAUGCGGGACAGUGAUAUUGUGCACAGUGUGCACGAGCAAGUGUUAAUGUGUGUAUGUCGUUUAUAAACGAUAAAUGAAUCCGUGCGAGAACGUCAAGACGUCGCGACGCGUGUCAUUAAGCGGUGCACGGAAUGCGCGUUCAUCGCCGUGAUUACACGCGCGAAUCAUGUGAGCGCGACUCGCCGUUGUCCGGUAGGGUGCUACUGCUGCCGCUAGUGCCGCCCGCGUAUCGCGUGUCGUGCGUUUAUCGUGUAAUAGCUCCUGCUGCUUGUGUAGCCAUACUUAUCAUAUUAUUCGCCGAGACGACGUUUCGUCGUCUGACAGUCCGACAAGCGCUGCAUUAUUUCACAGCAUCCGAUUCGCCGUACGGCUGCGCGUCCUUGAAGAGAAUAGCGUCGUCGCCGUCGCUGUCAUCGUCAUCGCCGUCGCUGUUCUCGUAUUGCGGGAAUCGUUCCCGCGCCGAGUAUGCGGCGAUCGUUUCCUGUCUUUCUGUCGUCGUCGGACGUACAGCACUUGCACCGAUUGUCAUCGCCACUGAUUGUAGCUGAGCACUGUGUCGCAGCCUCGGCGGUGCGCUCUGAGAAGCUUCAACGAGCAAUCUCGGAUUCUGCGAACAUCCGUGAUCCUUUAUCGACACUUAUUCGAGCACCCGAUCCUGCAACACUUCAGGAACGUCAGAUUACAUUGCACACUCUUUCAUUGUUGUGCUUAAUCCUGGAUCCUAUGCAAAACAGAGGAUGGAGGUGCUAGUCCUGAUCAUCGAGUGAAUUUUUGGUGAUUGUAUAUUUACUGGAAAUUUUUCAGCAUAAUUUACUACUUUGCACAGAAGCAAACAAACAUAAAGAAGUUGUGAUAACAAGUUAUGAGUAUCCUGAGGUAUGUUUUUAGUAUUAUCAAUCAGGAGAAUCCAUUGAACGUAUACCAAGCAAGGCACUAUAGUGCCAAGCUUGGGUAAUGGAUCCCGUUGGUCCAUGGUACGCAUACAAUCGUAUUACCGUGGGCAGUGCCACUGGGACAUUUCAAGCAGCAACACCAACGACAUCCAGUGAUUUUGUCUCCCAUCAUUUAACAACAGCUGCUACACAGGCAGCGCCAUCAACAACGACGUCGCAAUUGCUUCUACAAGCAGCCCAUACAACAGCAACUCUGGCGGGUCAACCGUCCCCUUUUAAUCCGGGGGGAUUUCUAUCUCCGCCCCCCGUGGGUUACGACGUUUUCACUCCUCUGUUUCCCAAUGCUAAACAGGCGCAUUAUGUUACUCAACAUAGGCAAACUCUCGUUCAAGCGCAAACGGUGUCGGUGACGAAGCAAAACACCACAACGGAGUCUGAUAUUCCUGCGUUGAGAGAGAAUUAUAGCACCGCGCAUCAAGCUACAUUCUUUGAACAACAAGGGGUGCCGACGUCGCCCACGGCGUCAACAUUGGCCUGGACACAUCAGAAUAAUACACAGCUGCCUAGCCCGUUCGGCAUUUUGCCACAUGAGAGCGUUGUUCCUUCGUCCCCGGGCGCGCCGUCAACGAAAUCCAGCGGCACCGGCUACGAGAACACUUUCAAUACCCAUUUCAACACGCAGACCAUAAAUAAUAUCAAUGCUUCCCAGUUAACUAGUUCGUCUGCGUGUAGCGCAGAUUUUAAGACAUCCGGUUGUCCGACCGACGCGAAGAAAUCAGUCAAUGUAAGAUCACAAUCACCUACCGUCAGUGUAAAAUCCGUGAUUCCCACGUCGCAGGCCAGUAGCAGUCAGACGUUCUUCCAUCAAGUUCCGACGACUUUUAGUUCCGAGAACUUGACGAGCACUUAUCCAAGUGCGAGCAAUGGAAGCCAAUCCAUUGCCGGAAACGGCAAGGUGCAAUCGUCGCUGCAGCAUCAGCAAUCGUGCAUCGUGUCGACACCGAGCAAUAAUGCCUCGGGUAAGGAAUACAGAAUACCGCAGCCGCCGUCGAGGUCAGUCGUGUCGACGACGGUUUUUUUGAGUGCCUCCGUGCGAUCAGGCUCCACGCAAGCGAUUCAGGACAAACAGGGAACGCGCAACGGCAAUUUCACGUCGCCGCCUAACAAAGCGGUCACCAACGCCGCUCAGCAAAAUAUUCAGUCCAAGGCGCAGGCGAAGAUCUAUUCGGAAUUGGGUAGCCACGGAGGUGUCGAGCAUCGAAGAAACGAGCAACAGGGGCAUGAUAACAGUCAAUCGUCUCCGAUUAGCUUCUCCAUUAUGGACAAUCGUAGCUUAAAUUACGCCACGAACAAUACCGCAAACUGCAACAAUACCAGUGGCAAGCUCACGAGCAACCAGAGGGCAUCGUCCAACAGCAAUCUCCAGUCGCAUCCUCAGCAGCAGCAACAGCAGCAGACGUUUCACAUUUUGAAUCAACAACAGCAGCAGCAGCAGCAACAACAACAACAACAACAAACUACGACCUAUAGACAUUAUUUGACGGGAUCAACGAACGACGCGGAGUACCAUCAUCCAGGCAGAUCAAAAUCCGCAACUUCAACGGACUCCGCGUACUCCUCCAAUACUUCGCAAAAUGGACCAGACUGCAGCGUUGUUGUUCCCCGACGACCGAGUCCUUUGCAAGCCCAUUCGCAGGCCAGUCCCUUGGGCCACGUUCCGAGUCCGGCGUAUCCCAUGUACAAUAGUCCAAUGGCGACCAUGUCGUCGCCGUCGCCGUUGCAACAGCAUACCGAAAAUAACAGCAAUCAAUGUGCCAGCGGCACAUCGUACAAAGGCGGAGUUCAGCAACAGGUUACUCCGUCGUCACCUCUUGACGUCACCGUUUCUAGACCGGCGUCCCAGGGACAGGUCGCGUAUUCGUCGGUGAUUACGCGCGCGUUGGGCACCACAGAGAACAACAAAACCGCUUACAACGCUGAGGGUAAAACGUACGACAGGCAGCAGCAGGAUUUCUCGCAGACGCAGAAGCAGCAAGUCUGCUGGGAGAGUGACAACCGGCAAACGGUGAACGAUAACAGGAAGUUUGCCGUUUACAGCGGCACAAAUGCGACCGCUGGCGACAUGAAUGCGCAGAGCUUGCCGGUUCAGCAACAGGUGCAAAGACUGAUAAACGUUGCGGAUAGACAGCAGCCGUAUUUCGAGGCUAAUCAAGUGGCGCUGCAGGACUUGAGCAGCUGCCGGGGAGACCCGAUGAGUAUUGUGAAGAACUUGCAGACGUUGCAACAGAGCCCCUGUCAAGUGCAGCAGCACACGACCGCUGCUAUACCGACCAGUACGACAGAGCAACAGAAGCAGGCUGAGGAACGGCGAAAAGCCGACAGUGCUAACAAGAAGAGGAAAAGUUUGGAGAAAAGUGUACACAAUACGCCAUUGGCGAACGAACUUACGGGCACUGCGACGAUGACGGAAUACCUCAAUAGGAUACCACCGCCGGCUCACCACAACGCGGUUAAUCAACAACAACAGAACGGUUACUUCGAGUUCGAACGGUGGCCGCCCUCACCCGCCAAGAUGUUCCCCACUGCGUCCGGCGCCUUUAGCUCUCAGUCGUCACUGCACCAUUCGACUAAUUUUGUGGGCACCCCGGCACACCAGCACCAGACGCUAAUGGUGUCGCAUCAUCACGCGCCGCCGCCUCUCCCAUAUUUUCCGGCCUUCCAUAUUCCCGCGGGUCAUCAUCCACAUCACCCACACGAAUUCCAAUCCUCGGUCGAGAUAACGCCGAUAGGAUUCGAGAAUACCGCGAAUCAAAACACCAAUUACAAUCAAGAAGUCAAAGACGACCAGCCUAAAGUGAUCGUUCCUAAUAUCGAAGAGGAGCUAGGUUUCCUUAAGCAGGAUCAGCAACUGAUGCCGAGCGCGAAUCAAAUGAACAAAGACUUUAAACGGCCCAAUCGAGACCCGAAUACAGGCUUUAUGACGAGCUACUUAAAGUUUCUGCAAGGUGAAAGAGAUCCCUCUCCGCCGCCUGCUAUACGCGGUGGCAGAAAGGCUACAUGGAACAGGUCAAAACCGUAUAUACCCGUUGAGUCGAAUAAACCUACGGAAGCUUUAAUUAACGGCGAAACUACUAAACCCCAAGAAAAACCGGCGCCGAUUAAGGAAACAUCGGUUAAGGAAACACCUGUAAUAGAUUACGCUAAUGAUCCUAGGUACUUUCCAUUGCCGAAGGAGAGAAAAAAGUCAAACUUUGAUUCGAGUGACGACGGAUUUACUAGUGACGAUGACUUUCUGUUUGCUCCUAAGAAAACUGAGAAGAAAGUGCAGAACGCAAGUAAUUCUAGUAAUACUGAAGUUGUUACUGUGAAAUCAGAAGGAAAAGGUAGGAAAGGUCGGCCUAUUAAGCCCGGUGGACCCACAGAUAGAAAGAGAAGAGCUGCUGCAGCGGCAGCGGCGGCAGCAGCGGUAGCAGCAGCAGCAGCGGAAACAGAGAAAAAGUCUUCAAAGAAGGCUGAAGAAGUAGAUCCUUUACUCCUUCCUCCCAGACGUGAGACAUCGAGAAGAAAAGCGAAAGAAAAGACCUCAGUGAAACAAUUUCUGGAUCGACAACAGGGUAUAGAUUAUUUCGAUAAUGACGAGGAACAAGUCGAUUCCGAUUCAGAUCCAGCGUGGACUCCUGCUGUAAAAUUGAUCGGGGAAGAAGAAGAAAAGAGAAAGAAACGUGGUAGACCUGCUAUCACAAAAAAAAUUAGGAAGAUCUUGGAGGAAGAUGGAUAUUCGUCUGGGGAAGCUAUUGUUUCCAAAAAAUCGACAAGGAAAAAACACGAAAUGUCUUCAAAAAACUUUAAUAGUUCUGGCAAAGUUUCUUCUAAGAAUGAUGAAAAAUUAGCAGCGGCAGCAAGCGACGAAGAUAUCGAUAUCUCACCAUUUAAGCAUUCUGUAAGCAAUUCAGAAGACACGUCUGGUGAAUUUGUUGUGAUCAAGACAGAUUUGAUUGAAGAAUAUCCCCCUCUUUGGAGAAUAGACGGCAAAACGUUACUCCAGAAAUAUGAACCAUUCAAAUCCAAUGGAAAAACUUUAUACAGAAACAUAUCUACGUAUUCUGCAUGGGUUUCACAAAAUCGACAUAUAUAUCAACAAGUUCCUGUGAAAUUCUGGCAGCAAGGCAAGAUAGAAACAAUUGUGGAAUUCUUGAGAGAUGAGAUGAUCAUUGAUGAUAGCGAGAACAUCAUUAAAUCUAUGAAAGAUACCGAAAAGUAUCAAGAUAAUUUUGAAGUUUAUAUACAGACAUUGAUCUCGCAAGCUUUGGAUUCGAAUUUUCUUACAGAAAUAUUACAAGAACAAGAUGAUUACUUCCUGUCAAAUGUUAAGAUUGUCGAUGAAGUAACAGAGGAGAGGAAACGUCGUCUCUUGUUCACGACUAAAUGGAAACCGAAUGUUGUGACAGCAAUAUCAACAUGGCCGUGUGUUGAUGUGCUUAAAGAUCUACCGGCAUCGGAAUAUAAAGGGAAAUCUUGCGCUGGUUGUCAACAGACAAAAAUCUAUGCGAGAGUUCUGCUUUAUGGACAGCCAUAUAAUAGUACUACAUUGGAAGGCUCACCUCCUGAUCCAAGAGCACCUCACGACAAAGCUUUUUUAUUAUGCCGCAUUUGCCAAAAAAAGGUAACUUUGUAUAAUAAAGUUGCUCAUCAAAAGUAUCUAAUGUUUUUGGAAUGUACGAGAAGAGUGGCCGAUAAAAGAGCAGCUUCUCCGCACAAGGACACAACAAAAAUAUUGAAUGAAUUGUUAGCAGAUGAACCAUGGUUGAAUCAACUUUUCAAGGAAGCAAGAAGCAUUUGGGCUGAAAUUGAUAGCAUGGAGCAACAAGCUAUAACAAAAGCGAAACCGAAAGCAGCAUUGUCGUCGUCAAUAAAACAAUAUCAUAAAACAGAGACGACAGUCGCCAAUGAUUCUACUGUACUUACAUCUAAAGAGUCUGCUAAUAUUUCUGAAUCACAGGUGCCUAUGCAGAAUAUCGAAAACAAUCCUCAAACAGCUUCUAGCGACGUGCAGAUGGGCAGCGAACCGUCUUAGUGGUAUUAUAAUGAUUAUUUACGUUUAAUGCGAAAAGCACCAAGCUGUUACAGGUUCAACGAUACAACCAGUAACGCACGAAAAUUUGUUAUGCCAAUCAAUGUCAAUCAAAUGGACGUCUCACUGCGAUAACAGUGAAGAAUCUUGUAAAGAUAUAUACUGUGAGAAACGAUCGAAUUAAAAUUAUAAUCAACUGUAACUAUAAUGAUAAGCCAUAUAUAUAAAGUAUACAUAUUAGGUAAGUAUAGAAAGAGAGUUUCAUAUAUACAUACGUACAGAAUACACCAAGCAUAUGUAACAUAUUCACAUUUGGUAUAGAAGUUUAGUUCUAGCCCAAAUAUUGCCAUUAUCCUUAUAGCGUAAUGAUAGCGUAAUAACGGAAACUGAUAUUCAUGUGAAUAUAGGCAUCUAGUUUAUUUAGUUUAAUCUUUGUAUUGUGUGACGAUCUUAUAUAAGUUUAUAUUAGUUCUGGAUAUAUGACGAGAUCUGAAACAUGUUGAAAUAUUACGGUGAUAUGACGUAUUAACGUCACUACUUUCUGUAUUAUAUUUGUAUCACAUUUCAUCAAUCGCGAAAUUAUAAUUCAUGUAGUAUAUAGAGAGCAUUAUAUUAUUUUUUUGAGUAUUUUACGCAAAUAUAUGAGCGUUAGUCUUUUUAUGGAGAAAUUUACAGUAAUUAUAUAUUGUUUACAAUUGACAGAAUUUUGUAAACGCUUGCUUUAAAUUUUAUCUUGCGUGUGUACAUAUGAAAUGUAAUAGUAAUAAAUCUUAAAACUGCAGUAAAACUAGCCAGAAUCUACGUUCACAUUGUUUUAAAACAAAGCUUUAUGAUCAAUGCAAUAGUUUUGAAACAUUUUUUAUAAAUUGUGAAGUUAAUAUAUUUAUAUAAAAAAGCAUUUCUAAUUUCUAUAUAUAAUUUACAUUUCUAUUCAUUUUAUGUUAUUUGGUAUGUUUCUAAUGUGUCAUAUUUCACAUAAUAGUAUAUAUUCAAUAAGUAUUUCUUCCAAAAGUGCAACAUAAUAUAAUAUACAAUAUGAAAAUUCUUCCAUGUUAAGGGAAUUUAUAUAAAUGAAUUUGAACAUAUCUUAUAUUGCUUUAAAAGGAAAAAAAUUGUUAUUUUAAUGUUUUUUAUUUUUUAUUAUUACUCCAUAUCUUACACAAUAAAUACUAAAAGCCGAUUUUUCUUCUAACAUAAUAAUAUCUAUCAAAAAUAUGAAACAAUAUGACACAGAAAGAUGGUUGUUUAUUCUAUUUUUUGCAUCAAAGUUACACAUUUAUCGUGAAACAUUCAAGAAUCUAAAAAACAAUUGAUUAUACGAAUAAUAUAAUAUGAGAAUAAUUAGUUAUAUCAAAAAUUUAGGUAUAAUGACACCAAUAGUUUCUUUAAAAAUGCAGAACACAUCGAAGUAAUUUCUAAUAGCGAAAUACAAACAAAAUGCGAUUGCUUUAGAAAAUCACAACUAUUUUUGUGUCUCUCCGGAAUAAAUCUAUCUAUUCAUAGAGUAUUCUCAAAAAUCGAAACUUGGAUAUGUUUAAAUUAGGGGAAAAAGGAAAGAUAUUACAUCUGCAUUAUAUGUUAAGGCCAUUUCUCCAUAGAUAUUUUCCAAUAGUUGAUAGAUAUUUUAUGAUAGUGCGAAAUCUUUUAAUAAUUUUGCUGUACACUAAAUACUAUUAUAUACUUUUAAGUAAC